UGAAUUAUAUUAUCUCGCCCACUGUUAAGACUUGACUGAUAAGGUGAGCAAAAAAAAAAAAAUUAUCUGACAAAAGCUGCCAACAGCACCCCCUUCUUUUGUGUAGGCCUGUUAGGCUACUUUUUCAGUUUUCGAGUGAAUAAUUCCAUUGGCUGUAAAAAAUAAAAUAAAAAAAAGUAAUCCAAUGUAGGCUAAUUGAAGUCACUUUAUUGUCAUUAUUUAAGUAGCCUAUAUUUAAAAAAAAAAAUGCAGUAGGCUAGUCGGGCACGAAAGAGUCAACUUUUGUUACAGUGCCCCCAGCUGACUGACCACGUGACUUUGCGGAAGUGAAAGUGACAACAACAUGAGCGGAGAGUGAGCCGACCGAGCCGUGUACCGCGAGAAUGGUGCGUAGUAGUUUGGCGUUUCUCUUCGUUUUUGGUUGUGUGUGUUUGUGUGAAUCUGCAGCCCAGCAGGCAGGGUCGAGCUGCGGCUGUGACAAGCUGAGCAGAGCAGCUGCUGAGCGGCCGGCGGAGGAGAAGACGGAGGCAGCAGCCCACAAAUACUCCCAAGGCGCCAAUGAGAGACUGUAUGAGGCACGGGGGAAUGGGAAGACAAUUCAAAGUCAGAUGGUGCUGAUUCCUGGAGGAGAGUUCCUGAUGGGAACGGACGACCCAGGCAUCCCUGCUGAUGGGGAGGGCCCUCAGAGACUGGUGUAUGUGGACUCCUUCUACAUGGACAUCCAUGAAGUUACUAACAGACACUUUCAGAACUUUGUUGAGGCCAGAGAAUACAAAACUCAGGCAGAGAUAUUUAAAGACUCGUUUGUAUUCGAGGGACUUUUGAGUGACAGUGUCAAAGACCAAAUUGCCCAAGCAGUUGCUGCUGCCCCCUGGUGGCUACCAGUCAAAGGAGCUGACUGGAAGCACCCAGAAGGUCCAGACUCAACUUCAGCUGACAGGCUGGACCAUCCUGUUCUCCAUGUGUCCUGGGAGGAUGCUGUUGCCUACUGCUCCUGGGCCAACAAGAGGCUUCCCACAGAGGCAGAGUGGGAGUACGCCUGCAGAGGCGGCCUCAAAGACAGACUAUACCCCUGGGGAAACAAGUUGUACCCGAAAGGAGAACACUAUGCCAACCUCUGGCAGGGAGAUUUCCCCAACAACAACUCUGGGGACGAUGGAUACAACAAAACCUCACCGGUGAUGUCCUUUCCUGCUAAUAGUUUUGGUCUGUAUGACAUGGUGGGUAAUGUGUGGGAAUGGACCUCAGACUGGUGGACUGUGAUUCAUACCACUGACCACCAACAAAACCCAACUGGUCCUCCAUCAGGCACAGACAAGGUGAAGAAGGGAGGAUCAUACAUGUGUCACAAGUCUUACUGUUACAGAUACAGGUGUGCAGCCCGAAGCCAAAACACUCCGGACAGCUCUGCCUCUAAUCUUGGUUUCCGUUGUGUCUCUAAGGAACAACAGUGACCUCAGCUGUGUGUCCGAAACACUGUGUCCUUUAUUUAAGCUUAUCUCUGGCCUCAAUGUUGGAUGUGGAAAAAAGUGUGAAAGUGGAUUCCUAAGUGCCAUCUCAUUAAUGUGCAGUUAAAGAUGAGAAUGACAGAGGACUGGCCGGAGGUAAAAAAUGUCUUACAUUCUAGUAGAUCAUCUCAGAAGAGGGAAUUUUAUAAUGGUAUUAUUUUUGUAUUUUUUUUAAAGAAACAAACAGAAGACAUAAAAAAUGUUUUUUUUAAUAAAACAAUUGUAUUGAUUAUUAGCAAGGACUUGCUGAGAUUUAGACUGAAAGUCCAUGAGAACUUCACAUGCUGAUGCUUUCAGAGAUGUUUCUUGAAAAAUGGGAUAAUUCAUAAUUCCAUUCGUCUUGAUGUGAAUUUGUGUUUUUUUAUUUUUUUAUUUAAUUUAUUUUUUAUUUUACUGUGGGAUUUCUGUUGUCCAAAAAGAACCACUUUUUAUUCAGUCUUGAGUCUUGAAUAACAAGACAAAUGUGGCUCUUUUUGGCAUAAUAUGACUCAGAAUGGUAAUUUUUGCACAUGUAUGGGAGACUUUAAAUUUAUUAAAAGUAAUGCCUUGCCUCACCUAUA